UGGAUAACAUGUGCCGCUGCAGAGCUAUAGUGGUGUUAUAUGUGGUGUUGGUGACGGGGGUGAUCGCAGACACAGACACUCAAGGAGGGUAUGGUCUGAGGUACAGUCAGCGUCCAAGGGAGGCUCGCGGGGAGACCACGGAGAGCCAGAGGUUCACGCCCAGUCAGGAAGUCGAGGAAGCGCAGCAAGAAAUCGCACCCCAGGUAGCCUCUACUCCAAGACAGCGUCAACACCCGAGAAUCAGCCCCCAAGUACAGGACGAUACCCAGGAGGACAGCAAUGUCGAUGCUUCUAGCUACAGAACCGUGGUGCUCCACGACACACAAGCUCACCAAAGGUAUCAGAACGUGCAGAAGAAACCUACAAAGCCUCGGCAGAAAGUUCGCCAAGUCCACCGAGAAACACAGAACUACAAGUCCUUCAAGAACCCCAAACUUGCUGAUCCACCUCCUCAAACUUCCAACGUUCUCGCUACUCCAGCACCAGAUCAGUUUGUCCACGCUGUUCAUCCAUCAAUCAUGCAGAAUCUUCUAAAGCAACAACCACAGACUUUUGAUGUACCGCAAGAGAAAGAGACGGACAACUACGAACAGCAGAUAAAUUGGAAUAACCAAGAGCAGCCUCAGAAUGUAGGAAUGAAUGGUUUUCAUUCAAACUAUGUUCCGCAAGGAAAUGCUGGCCAACAGGAUAGCCACGAUAUAGCUAAAAGACCAAUUUAUGUUCCAAACCGAGUCAGCGUACACAGCCCUUCUUCAGACACUUCGUUCAAUGUCGGAUACAGCAUCGGGUUUGGCAGCGGUUUUGCCCAGCAUCCCAAAAUGGGAAUAGUGCAACCCCCAGUGAACACCAGGCACGGAAAACAGCUUGCUUUACCAGUUUCAUAUCAAAACGUACCUGUAAAUGUGCACGUGAACGGAAAGAACACUGUUUGGAAGAACAUGGGGUCAGGUGUGGAAAUGUCCCAUGAAGUAGGCCUAGGCUCCAAAGUUGAAUACCAAAACAUUGGCAGCAGUGAUGGAAACGAUCGCCAUGUUUAUUCCACAGGAUCUGUCAUCAACCAACCAAUCUUUUUCAGAGAGGGAUUCGAUCAAAACUUCAACACCCUGUCAACUUCAGGCCGUAACAACUUUGACCAUAACCACGCUCUUCAACAAAGCAAUUCUUUCGAUUUCAGCAACGCAAUAGACCCGAUGGCAAACAAUCAGUACUCUACGGAACAAAAGACAAACCAACUUUUCUCACAUGUGCAACCAUCUUUUGCUGAAUCUUUCUCCAAACAACCAGUUCCUUCGUUUACCGAAUCGUUUGAAAAGAACGCACACUCUGCUUAUUCUGAUACAUUUCCAAAACAGACAAAGGCUUCCUAUGUAAGAGGUCAGCCCAAUCAUAAAUCACCAAAGGUGGAAUCGUCACAAUAUACUCACACGAUCUUAAAUACAAAUAAUUAUCCUAUAAAUGAAGGAAAGUACGAAAGACCGAAACACGAGAAAUCUCCGUACCAUUCAAGUUUACAAAGUGCAGUAAGAAUCCCAAAUUCAAUAAACCUACUUACAAAGCCUAAAACUGAUUUUACAAAAUCAGACCCUGGAGGGGCAAAGUCAAGUUAUUCAUUCAAAACGUUUAGCAACACAGGACAAAACGUUAAUGACGAGAAUUUCGGAAAUAAUUUUGGAUUUCAAAACACCCCCGUUCUCCAACCAAUGUACAAUCCAGGCAAAAUGCCUCCUCCUGGAAUGGUCCAAGCGUUUCUAGUUCCUGUAAACUCUCAAAACCCGGGACUGUCGUAUCCCGUAGGAAUGCCUUUACUCAGUAACGGAUACUCACCCUACUUCGGUCAUCCUGUAGGUAUGGUAAGGAUUCCAGAUUCCACGGGAGUAAACGUACCACAAAAAGAAGAAUUUGAAAGUUCUCCCUACAACGUGAAUUCAAACUCAGAACAGAGUCAUCAAAGCUAUCUAAAAUCCCCUGUAAAGCUAGUACAGACCCACUAUGGGGCGAGACACCAAAAGGAAGAAGCUACAGACCCGCAAAUUCACCUGACAAGACCAAAUUCCCAUCCUCGCAUCGGUGACGUUGACCGUUCUCCCAAGUUCAACAGAGUUUACUCUGCAGACAGCACGGAUCAUGCUCCUUUCAGAUCACAAGUUUCUUCAUCCAACACAGACUUCGAAUCCUUCUUCGAUGAUCCUUCUUUCAAGGAGCCAACUCAAUCUUAUUCAACUCUAAAAGAAUCCAACAUGAACAUGCACCAUCCUAUCACACACCAUCCAAGGCCAUACAGAACGAAAAAGCUUGUGAUUGUCAAACGUGCUUAGUCAUAGGGUUGCCUAGUUUUAACAGUUCAUUGUGAUGUUUCGAUUUGCUUAUUCCAUCUUCGAAACUAAAUAUAUGCUUUGUGCAUAAGUUCCUAAAGUAAAAGUACAUGAAUGCCCGAAUACCGAAGCCAGUACUUAGUUUUGAAACUGUCAAAGUAAGUUUUCUAUGUAUACAUAGGCUGUUGUUUAUUUACUUGAAAGACAAAUUCUUCCCAGUGAAUGAUCUAAAGGAUAUUGUAAGAAAAUUAACGAUUGGAAUCAUGAUGAACAGUAGAGUUUCACAACCUGGCUUCUAAACGAAACACAAUAAUAGCUUGUUACACAAAUAAAAUAAAAUACAUGUUACCACAUUAGGAAAUAGCGUGAGGUCUUAAUUUUUUUUUUAAAUUGCAAGUGAAAGCUGCAUUGCUAGUCUGAUCCUUUGUAAAACUCCAUAAGCAACAGGAGAAAUUUAAUCGUUGCUAGUAGAGCAAGUUACGUUAUUACAGGGUGUUCCUGAAUGUUUAAACAGCUUCCUCUUCCUUUCCCUAUAUAUUAUGUGAUUAACCAUAUCUUGAUGAAUACUAGAUCGACAAGUGUACCGUAGAAAGUGAACUUGCUUCGAGGGGUUUUCCUUUAAACCCAUUUGAGAAUUGAUUGAGACAUUUAAUGCACUUUUUGUCACCGUUGGCAAUGAAUUAUGGUUAAAAUUUAAAUAUCUCGUUAUUUAUGUAUUAAUUUUAAACAGCUUUAAGUUCCUACUGUUUGUUAUGCGUUGAGUAACAAUCUUUUCGAUUUAAUUAUUUUUACCUUGCACUUAACAAGGUAAUAUAAGGUACGAGUAUUUUCAUUGUAUCUAAUAUUUGUAAUGUUUAGAU